UAGAGAAAUAAAUUAAAUAAAAAACAAAGAAACCGAUAUGUUGGAAGCGAAAGACCCGGCGAUCAAGCUCUUCGGGAAGACGAUCCCGGUGCCGGAGAUCCCUGCCGGAUCCGGAGACUCUGCUGGAGCUCCGGCUUCGUCUUCUGGUGAUGGUGUUGAUGUUGAUGACGAUGGUGCUGGUCAGAACCGUGAUUCUUCCGGCAACUCUUCUGAUGCUAACAGGGAUGGUGAAGAGCGCGAGAUUGAACAGGACACAAUUGGAGAGGAACCAACUGAGACUAAGAAGGAAGAUGCGCCCCCCAUCCAAUCAUCAUCAGAAGUAACCAAUAUAGAUACUGUCUCAAAAUCAGGGGAAGAGUCUAUUGACCCCUCCACUGGGAAGGAGACUGUUACAUUGAAAACUUCAAAAAAGAAUGAAGAACAGGGUGAAAAUUCUCCAGAUAAGACCCUGAAAAAGCCUGACAAAAUACUGCCAUGCCCACGCUGCAAUAGCAUGGAUACCAAGUUCUGCUACUACAAUAAUUACAAUGUCAACCAACCCCGACAUUUCUGCAAGAAAUGCCAGAGAUACUGGACUGCUGGUGGAGCCAUGAGGAACGUGCCUGUGGGUGCCGGUCGCAGGAAGAACAAGAACUCUUCUUCUCAGUAUCGUCAAAUUACCGUCCCUGAAGCAUCACUCCAGAAUCCUCAGCCAGACUUGCCAAAUGGAGUUCAUAAUCCUUCCUUGAAUUGUAAUCCCACAGUCCUUGCAAUUGGAUCUGAUACACCCUUGUGUGAAUCAAUGGCAUCUGUUUUGAACCUUGCUGAUAAAGGCACAAACAAUUGCACAAGAAAUGGAUUUAACAGACCAAAAGAAAUAGGAAUUCCUGUUCCAUAUUUUGGCGGAGAAAAAGGAAAUGAUGGUUCCAAUAAAUCUUCUGAUACAUCAACAAAGCCAAUGGAAGGUGAAACCACCAAUAGGUCCCAAGAACAAGUUAUACAGAAUUGCCAUACGUUCCCACCUCACGUUCCCUACUUCCCUGGUGCCCCUUGGCCUUUCCCAUGGAAUCCAGCACAGUGGAGCUCUCCUGUAUCACCACCUGCCUUUUUCCCACCAGGAUUUACUGUGCCACUCUAUCCUGCAGCAGCUUAUUGGGGUUUUACUGUACCAGGUGCAUGGAACGUCCCAUGGCUAGCACAACCAUCAUCACCAAAUAAUACAGUCCCUAACUCUGGUCCUAACUCCCCAACCUUGGGUAAACAUUCUAGGGAAGAAAACAUGCUCAAAUCAAACGACACAGCCGGUGAGGAUGAACAUGGUGAGGGAAAUAAUAAAGAGAAGAGUCUUUGGGUUCCAAAAACAUUGAGGAUUGAUGACCUAGGGGAAGCAGCAAAAAGCUCUAUCUGGACAACUCUUGGGAUUAAAAAUAGUAAAGCAGACUCAGUUCCUGGGGAAGGACUCUUUAAAGCAUUUCCAUCAAAGGGUAGCGAAAAAAAUCACGUUACACAAAGCUCACCGGUCUUGCAGGCCAACCCAGCAGCAUUGUCUAGGUCAAUUAACUUCCAUGAGACCUCGUAGUCCUGUAGCUUAUGAAUUUGUUGUUGUUUCUGUGAUCUAGUAAAUGAGUCCACUGACAUGGCAGUGCUCCAUUGUUCUUGAGGAAGUUGCAAAUUGUAAAGACACAUGGUUCACCAGCCAUUUUUUGGUAAGAGUUAGUUCUUCUUCUUGGUCAAGGGAAGAAGUUCAGAAGAUGGUUCUUCCUACAUUUGCUUUGAGGAGAAGGGAGCCUUCUCUUUGGAGAGUAUCUUCCCUUAGGCGGCAGCGGCUAGGCAAUUUUACACUCUCACCUUUCAUUUAGAUGUCUUUCUUAGUUCAUGUACAUAUUUAAGUUUUUUUGUGGCAUGAUGGACACUAUUUUUGUAUUCCAAGAUCACAUGUAUGUAAAUAAGAAUGAGAGUUCAAUUGCACUUUUGUUCUGCUAUAUUUCUUUCAAAAUGUAACCCUUUAUUUUUCUUUGAUUCAGGCUGUUUCCUUGGUAUAUAUACAUCUUGUAUACUGUUAUCAAUUAAGCCUAAUGAACUU